AAAACACAUUUAGCGAUGAAAUUAUGUUGGAGUGAGUGAAAACCGGACGCGAAUUCGCUGUACAACUUGCCUAGAGUUCACUGACUGAAGGGAGUGUAUUUGUCGCUGGGCCUUACUCGAGUGCAGUUCUCAAAACAUUCGCAGUCACGCACUUAAAUUCACUUUGGAUUUCAGAGGCAUGGUUGGUAAACUUUAUUGAUGGCAGAUUUGAUCUGAUAAUUCUGCUGAAACGAAUUUCUAUGAAGGUUUAUCUCAAAACUUUUUGUUAUCCUGGCGGUGCAGUCGUCCGUUUAAAACAGAACUCAUGAUGAUUCCUUUUGAAGAGCCUUAAACAGCAUGAUGGAAAAAAUGGUUGAGUGGCAGAAUAAUCAUUUGAGUAGAACUCCCAGAAUAUGCUUUGAAACAAUUGUAUGUUGAUGAUUCUUAAUAAUAAAGAUGGAUUAUAAUGAAAUUACUAAAAUAAUGAAGCACUCUUCCUGUUCUGAAGAUUGUAUCAUUCCCAGGUCAAAGACGUUAUUCGAAGAGAUCCGAGCAUCUGUUACAAAUAAUUCAAAUGAAGAUAGAUCCUUCUGGAGACCUGUUCUUCCAUGGGGUGGAGUGUAUACCAUUAAAGCUGGAAGAAGGGCAAUGGCCUGCACUCCAUUGUAUGUUAGGAUAAGCCUAAAAAACACUUGCAGCAUUGAUGGGUUUUUGAUGUUGUUGUAUGUAAUUCUCAGUGAAAAUGAGAAUUUUCAUCAAGAAUUAUCAAGCUACUUGGGAAAGGAAUUUGUUGAGCGUUUUCUGUACUUGAUGGACUCUUGUAAAUUCACAACUGUCAAGUUAUUGUGGAUUUGGGAUAAAAUGGAAAAAUGUCAAUACAGAUCAGAAGUCCACAAAGCCUCACUAGAAAUUGAUCUUUUUGGAAAUGAACAUGAAAACUUCACAAGGAACCUGGAGAAUCUUAUGUCCACAAUCCAGGAAACAUUCUGUUCUAAUGGGAGAUGUCCCGCACGUGCACAGGAAGAUCAGCGCAAUACAAUUACUAUCUUACCUUCACAUGAUUCUCUCCUGGGUGAUGUUAUUCAAGCAGCAGUAGAUGAAUUGUUCUGUCCCAGGACUCAGCUGUGCAAAGAACAUGGAUGUAAUGGUCAGCGCAUGUUCACACAGAGAAUUUUUUGCCAUGAUGCACCUCCAUUUGUUAUUCUAAAUAUGGAGCAAUGGAAAUCUGAGGAAUUGGCCUAUGUCCCAUAUAAUUUAGCUUUAGCAAAACAAAGAUACAUGCUGGAAGGAGCAACACUUUUCAACAAGGAAGAACACCAUUAUUCUGCUGCUUUUAUGAUUGAUGGUAAUUGGAUGCAUUAUGAUGGCCUUAGAAAUGAGAACUUGGUCUUUUUAAAUAAACCUCCAGAGCUGUUGCUCCUGUCCUCCCUUGUCUAUAUUCGAGAUAGAAGUGAAUAAAAGUGCCUUGUUCAGAUAAGGCAACAUAUGUACAUGACUACAUAAGUCAUUCUAUCAUUUUAUGACUGUAGGGAGAAAAUUAAACCAACUUGGCAUCCAAGAAAAAUGGACUAUAAAAGUUCUGAUUUAUUAACCAAAACAUUUAUAACUGAAUGUGCAAAGAACAAACUUAGUUAACUUAAAACUAUGCAAAUAUGUACAAAAGACACACUUUAAGAUGUAUCUUUAAUACUUAAUGUUUAAUAUUUUAUACAGAAUUGUAUACUGGAAUAAAGUAUAUGUUUUACAUGACCUUUUUAAAGGUACGUAAUCAUGUUUAAAAAAAAAUUGUAAAAUUGCAAAAAGUCAUCACUCACUGACGGUUUCCUAGUGAAAGUACCACCAAAUAUGUCACUGAAAACAGUGACUUGAGAAAAAUUGAUUCCUUUAAAAAUAAUUGGCUGUUAGAUAAAGUUCUAAGAUUUAAAUGAUAAGAUGACUGUCACUAUCAACAUAUUACGGUAAAAGGAGAACAUUGAUUUUAA